AGCAUCAGGAAGCGUCAGUGUGGUUUGUAAGGCUGUGUCUAUCAGUGUAUGUCUCAUAUGGUGAGUGUGUAAGCAAACCGGAGAAAGAUGGCUGGAACACAGUCCCUCUGCUGCCAUGUCAACACGGCCACCCGCGUCUCUGCCAUCUUCUACUUGAUUUAUAAUCUGCUGGUGGCUGUGGAUCUGGCCAUUGGAAUAAUCCGAGAGAAAGAUCCGAUCACUGUCUCCUUUACUGAAAUGAAACGCACACAUGGCAAUUGCAUCUUUGAAAUUAGCACCAACUUCAUUUCAUUGGUUCUGAUGUCAUUCUCCAGUGUGCUGGUUAUGUUGUCUCACCGUAAGGGGCCGAUGUGUGUGAUGCCGUUUGUGAUGUUCAUGUUUCUUGAUGCGGCCCUGAGUUUUCUUUCCCUGUUUGAUGCUCGAUUUGGACUUCCUGGCACUCCUACUUAUGGAGACGCUCUGCGGCUGGCUUCAAAUCUAAAAGGUGGGGUCAGGUUGGAGGGAGAGGAGCUGAACCGUGUCACCUUAAUAUUCGGAGUCCUCUUUGUGAUGUAUAUACUGCUGAAGGUGUACAUGUUCAAGGUGUCCAUUCGCUGUUAUUAUGCACUGAAGGAGCAGCGUAUGUCAGCGCCAAAGAGCUCUGUGAUGGUAAAAUUGCCGUCCUAUGACGAGGCUGUGAAGAUGAAACCUGAGGACACACUCCCUAAAUAUCAGGAGCCAUAAGACAUAAUGCAAGCCCACAGCAAUGUCAUGCACUUCGUUCUAUGCGCACUUUCAGAAGCACACCUGCCAACAACAUGCACAUUGGCACAUAAUUAUGCACAAAUAAAAAAAUACAAAUUUCAAUACUUAUAGCUACAAAGCGUAAUAUGCACAAGCCUGCUUUUAUAUUUUUCUGCUUUAAAAAACAUUCAAUUACAAUGUACAAUUAUUCAAAAUAAACAUAACCAGUUUAAAAUGUUA